AUGGCCUUCGCUGGUGUUCUCAAAGAGGCUGACGUCAAAGCAGCUCUGGACGGAUGCAGUGCUGCUGACUCCUUCGACUACAAGAAGUUCUUCAAGACAUGCGGUCUGGCCAGCAAGUCCUCCGAUGAUGUCAAGAAGGCCUUCGGUAUCAUUGACCAGGAUAACAGUGGCUUCAUUGAGGAGGAAGAGCUGACGCUGUUCCUGCAGAACUUCUCCGCUGGCGCCAGAGCGCUGACCGCCACUGAGACCAAGGCUUUCCUUGCCGCUGGUGACAGUGAUGGUGAUGGCAAAAUCGGAGUUGAUGAGUUUGCUUCCCUUGUAAAGGCAUAAAUUUCCAUUGACCAAGAUCUACUUCUUUUUCGUGGAACUGCGAACUCCUUGCAAGAUUCAGUAAUCAUCGGCUGAAAGAAUAUUUUUUAUAUCUCGUUUAUGAAUUGCCU